AUGGAAUGUGAUAAUUUAGAAGAGUGUCAGUCAUGUCAAAAGUUAGACUUUGAAUGUAGAAAAAAUAUUGAAGCUAAGGAAAGAAUAGAGAUAAUUCAUUCUAAAAUUUUAGAUGAAGAAAUACCAAAAAUAGAUAUGGAAUUUGUAAGUGAAGAAGAAGCAUAUAAUUUUUACAAUUCCUAUGCUUUUAAGGAUGGAUUUAGUAUUCGUAGAAGUAAAGGACAAAAAGAUCAAGAUGGUAGAAUGAUAGAUAGAAUGUUUUGUUGUUCUUGUGAAGGAUACCGCAGAAGAGACAGACGAAAUAUGAAUGUAAAGUAUCAUAGAGCUGAGACGAGAUUUGGGUGUUUAGCGAGAAUGAAAGUUACUUCUCGUCAAACUGAUAAUUAUUGUGUAAUUGAGUUUGUUGUAGAAGAUACUCAUGUAACAUCGAGUCCUAAUAAGAGUCAUUUGCAUAGAUCACAUAGAAGAGUGACUGCUGCUCAGGUAGCUAAAAUCGAUAUGGCUGACUGUUCAAGGAUUGCUCCAAAAGAAAGUUGUGAAUUAAUGGCAAGGAGAGUCGGUGGACGAGAAAAUCUUGGUAUGAUUGGACUUGAUUAUAAGAAUUAUUUACGGACUAAACGGAUGAUCCAAAUGAGACUAGGAGAAGCAGGUGGUGUUUUAGAAUACCUUCAGCGCAUGCAAUCAAAAGAUCCAAACUUUUUUUAUGCUAUACAAGUUGAUGUAGAUGAUUUAAUAACCAAUAUUUUUUGGGCGGAUGCUGCUAUGAUAACAUCGUACUUUCAUUUUGGUGAUGUUAUUAGUUUUGAUACUACAUAUCGAAAAAACCAAGAAGGAAGACCUUUUGCUAUGUUUCUUGGAGUAAAUAAUCAUAAACAAACAACUGUUUUUGGGACUGCACUCUUAUAUGAUGAAACUGCUGAAAUAUUUAUGUGGUUAUAUGAUACUUUUGCCACAACAAUGUCUGGGAAGAAGCCAAAGACAAUUCUUACUGAUCAAGAUGCUGCUAUGGCUAAAGCACUAUCUUCUCAAUGGCCAUAA